CCGCUCUGUGACACGACCACGACCCGGACGAGAGCACUUGGAGAGAAUAUCAUCGUUGAGGGACAAUUCCCGUAGCCCAGCGAGGAUACUGUGUUCAGCCCGUGCCGAAUGUGCGGCUAUUGAACUCACUGCCAGUGUUUUCGGACAGUCGUCGAUUUCCCCGCGGUGUGUACAGUCUCGUGUCAGCAUCGCCAUUCGUCGACCAGGCUCCUGACGCCUUGUAGACCAAUCGGGGUCUCCUGCGAUUUAACCGUGGGUUUGAUAUCCUUCUGCGCCCCUCAGACAUGGAAAGACCGAAAUCCAUCUAUGACUACUACGACCCAUACUAUGACACGCUAUCAUCCUGCAGCUCGGCUCCGCAUGAGCAACUCGAAACAGAGCUUCUAGGGAACAUCAAGUACGACGAUCCCUCCGUCUUCACACGCCUUCGCAUCUACGAGGAAGAUAAUGCUACGAUUGAUCGCUGCCACGAACGCUAUCAGGCGGAACACGAGCGGAAUAUCAAGACCCUCCAGAGCGUCACCCGCGAUGCCGAGGAAGCUCUGAGCUACAUCGGUGACAUUCAGGAAGCAUGGACGAGGGAGAAGGUCCGCAGACAUUUAGAGCACGAGCAUGAGGUGGAGAUGUAUGGGCCGUUGCGGAGGAUAUUCGAAUUCUUGACGGGAUUCGGGAGCGAUACGUCCGGGGCACUGCGCGAGUUCCGAUUCGCAGCUGACACCCCGUUCUCCUGGCCUCCAGCUCGCGCCGCUGAAGCCUAUACUCCCGGGAUUGCAAAUCUACGCCCUGAUUUCAUCCUCCUGAAUAGGACCCAUCAUCGUCCAUUUUGGGAUGACUGCGUCGGGUUCGCCGAGAUCAAGGUCACAGCGGACGGGAACGAUCCUUCCAGCGACGAAGACGACGUGAAGCCAGCCAUUCUCCAAUGCGCGGAUUAUGCGCGUUACCAUCUGUCUAUACGGCCAUUCUGGAACUUCAGCGUCGCGCUCCUGAUUACUGGCACCGUCUUCCGAGUCCUGAUUGCAGAUCGCGGUGGCAUCCUUCUCUCUCCCGUCCACAGUAUCAUUGACGAUGGUACGAUCUCUGACCGCGAUCCUCGUCCCCAGCGCGAUGCGAAGACUUUUGUCCGUGUUGUUCGCGCGCUCACACGGCGACUGACGGACCAUCAAUUAGGACAAGAUCCGUCUGUGAUGCCAGUAUCUCGCGAUGAUCUCGAGUCGUACUUGCGAUUGUCCUCCCUCCCCAACGCCACUCGAGACGGGAUCCACGUCAACGGCGCAGACUACUACCGGUCCUAUCGCAUCAAUCCUUUUGUAAACGACACUCGACUUUGGUGCACAAUUGGGCCACCGAUCUGGACGUCCUUGUCACUUCUUGGGCGAGGCACCGUGGUGUGGCGAGUGCUCCAGCUGUCCGAGUCGACGGACGGGUUGACUUUCCAGGGCGACAUCCAUGUAAUGAAGUCUUCGUGGCGCAAUCCUCACAGAAUGUCCGAGACCGACGUGUACAGGCUGAUUGACCAACUGGAGGACUGCCCUCGUGGUGUCGCUAAAAUGCUGUAUGGUGGCGAUGUCUAUUAUCUGUCCGAGAACCCACAGACAUGGGCCAAGAUUACUGUCGCGCGCAUCCGUGGUGGCGCCGACUCGGACGAUCCGAACUACCCUUCUAAGGUCCUUCAUCGUAUUAUCCUGCCGAGGGUCGGAGAGCCUCUGUGGAGAUACACUAACGAGCUUCAACUGUUGUAUGCAUUCCGUGCAAUCAUUGAAGCGCAUCAGUAUCUAUGCAAGCAAGGGAUACAACAUCAUGACAUCACCCCAGGGAAUUUAUUACUCUGGCUUAACGAACCACCACUCCUGCCCGAUGCAAAGCACAGGGACAAGCUAGCCAGAGGGUUCCUGGCUGACUUCGACAUGGCUACUGUGGACAAGCCUCAGGUGUUGACAGACAGCAGGGUCCAAUUAAGGAUCAACCACACAUCCAGCCUAUGCAAUAUGCCUGUGACAGGAUCAUUGCAGUUCAUGGCAUGGGAAUUGCUCAGAGGGUUGCAUGUUGGAGGGGACAUUCAUCAUACCCCUGAACAUGACCUUGAGUCAAUUGCCUAUGUCUUGGGCUACACUAUCUGCUGCCACUUGCUCAACACCCCAGGUUGUCCAGAUGGACUGAAGCAGAGUUUUCAAGAAUGUUUUGGGGCCAUGACACUCAAAGACCUCUGCUUCCAGCGCAACUCUUUACAACCACUUGCCUGGCUUCAUUCAAUACCUCAUCAUGAUCAACAGAGGCUGUCUUUCACAGUGAAGCAUGUGUCAAAACCUCUUGCAUAUGCCCUUGUGGAUAUAGAAUUCAAGUUGCAACAAGUCCACAGGGUGACUGCUGACCAGCACUGUGCCAUAUCAAUGCAUGCCAUGUACAAUGUACCAAUACCAAGUCAACAACCUCUAGAUGAAGUCUUCAACCAUGAAAUAUUCCUUAAAUUGUUGGAUAAUGCUAUAUCAGAAUUAGAACAACAUCCAUAGAUGGUCAAGCAGACAAGUUGGAGUAGUUGGGAUCAAUAACAAGCAUACCCAUGGAUUGCAUCAGUCAUAGGGUUGGCCAUGAUGAUGAUACUGUGUACUUCAAGUUUAUCAGUAACAAUGCCUCCAUUGUUCAUAUGAACACUGG